AUGACAUUGCUCUCGGCAAUCAAUAUCGUCCUCUUUAUCGAUAAAUCGACGCUUGGUUACGCUGCUAUUCUGGGCUUAUUCGAAGAGACCAAGAUCACGAAGGCCGAGUACAACAAUCUCAACACCAUGUUUUAUGUCGGCUAUCUCGCGUUCCAGUGGCCUGGACAUUACCUCUUGCAGCGCUUGCCCUUUGGCAAAUUUGUUGGCAGUAUCGUCUUUAGUUGGGCAAUAAUCGUACUUCUACAUUGCGUUGCCGUACGUUAUGCCGGUCUCGUCGUCAUGCGUCUGGCACUAGGAGCAGCUGAAGCUAUCGUUGUACCAGCCAUGGAAAUCACGAUCGGCAGGUUCUUCAAUCGCUACGCACAGUCGUUUCUGCAGCCAGUAUUGUGGAUCAGCUGCCUAGCUGCGCCCGUCGCCACCGCUUUCAUCUCCUAUGGCUUGCUCUGGAGCACAGGAGCGGUUCUUCCAUGGAAGUUACUGCACGUUGUGACUGGAGGAAUUACUCUUCUUCUUGCUAUCUGGGUUUGGAUUGACUAUCCCAACAACCCAGCAGACGCUCGGUGGUUGACACUCGAGGAGAAAGUCCAAGUCGUUCGUCGCGUGCAUCAGUCACAACAAAGCUCUAUUGAACAGAAGCAUUUCAAGAAAGAUCAGUCUGUUGAGACGAUCAAAGACCCAGUGUCGUGGCUGUUUGCUCUGCAGUCCUUCACGUUGAUGUAUUCCAACAACCUCAACUACGGACAGAAGAACCUGAUUACCACGUCUAUUGGCAUCACACCUCUAAACUCCACCUUGGUCACCGCAGCAGGAGGGGUUUUUGGCGUAGCUUGCUGUGUUGUGGCAACACUGGCGCUGCGACGAUGGCCACAGAAUAUCGCCUGGCAUGCAUCAAUCUGA